AUGGAGGAAUUCUCAUCCCUUAGCAUAAAUUAUUCCUACCAUAUAUUCACAGAUGGCAGUAAACACGAUGGCGUUGUUGGCGCGGCAUUUGUGGCAUUUGAUCCAUGCGAAGUUUACGUCACUAAAAAAUUUAAAUUACACCCCUCCUGUUCUGUAUUUCAAGCUGAAAUGCUUGCAAUCCACAAAGCAUGCGAGUGGAUUGCCUCCAAUAGUAAUAACAUUAACUCCUGUAUCAUUUUCUCAGACAGUAAAUCUUCUUUACAAGAAUUAUCAAACCCAUAUUCAUAUAAUACUUUUGCCGUUAACAUCUUUCACCUCCUACAUACUUUAUCGUCUAGUAAUAUUAAUGUCGGCUUCGCAUGGGUCAAGGCACACAUAGGCAUAGCUGGCAAUGAGAUCGCUGACAUUGCUGCGAAAUCUGCUGCCUCCCUUCAUAAAUCACCUGACUUUAUCCACACCCCUAUUUCCCACAUUAAACUCCGUUUACGCGACUCACUUAUGGACUCUAGGAAAUCAUUCUACGAACAACCCCUUACCUCUUGUCAUACUAAAAAAUACCUUCCGACAUUUGAUGACCUCUCCGCAUUCCUCUCCGUUAUUAAACCCUCCUUUGCCAUAACUCAAUUUCUUACAAAUCACUCCUUCAACAAAUCUUACCUCCAUAGAUUCAACAUAACGCCCGACGAUCUCUGCCCUUGUGAUAGUGCUGAGAAACAAACAUUUGAUCAUCUAAUAUUCUCUUGUCCACGUUUUAGUAACACCCGUUUAGAUUUCUAUAUUUCUUGUAAUAAUUUUAAAAUUGACGUACAACAGCCCCAGUUUUUAAUCAAAGUAAUUAAGAAAUGUGAAACAACAGAACUAUUCACUAGACAUAUAGAAAAUAUUGUAAAUAACCUCAAAGCAUUUAAUAAUACCUAG